AUGAAGUUCUUUAUUGUAUUAGUAUUCACAGUUUUAUUAGUGCUAAAAAUAUCCAGUUACAAAACAUAUUCAACGCUCCACAGCAUCGUUUUUACAAAGCUUAAUUCCAUGAAAGAGUCUACACACAGCGAAUACUAUUUGGGAAAAUGUUCACCAUUGAACAAGGAGAUUCUGUGGAUCGAACACUUCACAUAUAAAGACCUUAAGGGAAGGAUGAUGAUUCAGAUCGUUUUUUUAUGUUUUGUUAUUCAGGGUCAUAUGAAUUUUACGGAAAAAAAUCCCAAGUUACCGGGUUGUAUACGUAUAAAAUCAAAGGCUGCUCACACCGAUCUAGUUAGAUACAACUCGUAUCACUUCACAAUAUGCUUUGGUAGACUUACAUUGCACAUUAGGGGUAAAAUAACGUACCACCAUUACUAUGAAUGGUUCAUCCCCUUGGAAAUGCGAGAAGGUAUCGAUUGGUUUAUUUACUUUUACCGUGUUAAAGUAUAA